AUGAGUGAAUCGCCCGACGUCUUGCCCAUCUUUUCCAACUCGCUGAAACGGCACGACGAUUCGAACUCCACCUCUCCGCGCGUCCAUGGGGACACGCACGCGGCGGCGGCCGACAGACUUCUCCCCUACGAGAACGCGCGGCAAAAGUCCAGCACAACACAGAAGAACCUACCUCGCCAGGAUCGGCCGCGGUUUUUCCUCCUGGUGCUGCUAUACCUCAUCCAGGGCGUGCCCAUAGGGCUGGCGUUUGGGUCUGUGCCAUUUCUGCUCAAAUCAGCGCAAUUGAACUACACUCAGGUUGGCUUUUUCUCGCUGGCGUCGUACCCGUACUCGCUGAAACUGCUAUGGUCGCCCAUUGUCGACUCGUGCUACCUGAAAAGACUUGGCCGAAGACGCUCCUGGAUCAUCCCUGUCCAGACGAUUUCCGGACUCACGCUGCUGUUCCUGGGAACGGUGAUCGACUCUCUCAUGCGCAACGUGCAGAAAAACCUCUACACCCUCACAUACACCUUUUUCUUCCUCAUCCUGCUCUGUGCGACACAGGACAUCGCCGUUGACGGCUGGGCCCUCACGAUCCUGUCCAAGGACGCAUUGAGCUAUGCAUCCACGGCACAGACAAUCGGUCUCAACACCGGCUAUUUUCUCAGUUUUACCGUUUUCCUCGCGUUCAACUCUGCAGACUUUGCCAACUCGUAUCUCAGGAAAACGCCGAGCUCAGACAGCUUCUUGACGCUCGGCCAGUACAUGUGGUUCUGGGGGUGGAUGUACCUGACUGUGACGCUGGUAAUACUGAUUCUCGUGCCGGAGGACCCACUCUCACGCAGGAAACAGGCCUCUUCUAAAGAUAUAGAGCUCGAGGAGCUGCUUAGAGACGAACAGUCGGGGACCACGCUGUUAGGCGUCUACCACAAGAUGUGGAACGUCGUCAAGCUGAAAAACGUCAAGCUUUUCAUCUUGGUGCAUCUCGUGUCGAAAAUCGCUUUCCAGGCCAAUGAGGGGGCCACGAACCUGAAGUUGCUGGACAAGGGCUUUUCGCGCGAGGACCUGGCCAUUACCGUGCUGAUUGACUUUCCGUUGGAGAUCGUCUUUGGCUACUACUCUGCCCGGUGGUCUACGGGAGACGAGCCUCUGAAACCGUGGAUGUACGCGUAUCUGGGCCGCAUAGCCGCAGCUGCGCUGGGACAAGUGCUGGUCUGGUGCUUCCCAAAAGACGGCCACGUGACUACAGCGUAUUUCCUGUUUGUGAUUUUCCAGCACCUGUUGAGCUCCUUCAUGUCGACGAUCCAGUUUGUGUCGAUCUGUGCUUUCCACACGCAAAUAGCUGACCCGCUGAUUGGCGGCACGUACAUGACUACGCUGAACACGCUGUCAAACUUGGGCGGGCAGUGGCCCAAGAUCAUUGUGCUCAGUCUGAUCGACAGGCUCACCACAGCCAGAUGCAUGCCCGCCACGCCGAUGGCUACAAACCCGUUCGAGGAGGCCCCCUUUUUCAACUGCUACAGCUCGUCAGCCAAGAGCGACUGUGUGGGGCAUGGUGGAGUGUGCAACACCAUUGCAGAUGGCUACUACAACACUAAUCUGCUGUGCAUACUUAUUGGAUUGGUACUGUACUAUGGAUGGAUCAGAAAAACAGUAGUCCAUCUUCAGGGUCUUCCGAUCAGCGCAUGGCGAGUGGGCAAAUCCACGCUGCCUAUUUGAAGAAUUGGAUCGACGCAUAGAUGCUCAGGUAACUGAAGAUGAGGCCUGCUAUGUUUUCUAGCAGCGUGUGGAAAUGGACAGAGGUGACGAAAAUCAUCCAGAACCAGAGCCACAGCAGAAGCGAGAUAAACACCAAGGGAUAGUCCUUGAGCAAGCGGCGGAGGCUUGCAGUAUCUCUAGUGCGCCAGAACGCUCGCCAUUCAUUUUUGAAAUUGCGUAUCUCGGUGGCCAGGUCGUCAAGCGUGUAGAACCGGGCACACUCGAGAAUCAGAAACAUAGAGCUCAGGGACAAAAUGAACAUGUGUCCAGACGGAUCGUGGCCGCCGGUCCACCUACCCUUGAUGGCACGGCACUGCGAUGAUGUCAGAGAGCUAGAAUAAUACAGGUCAAGGUUGGAGGCGUCCAUCAGUUUGAACUUUAGCGGGUCAGUGGCACGAGAUUGCGGGAUGUUAUCGCACGAGCCGCCGGUGAGAACAAAGAUCUUAUCCAUGAUAGGCAGGCCAAAAAACCAUUGUGUGUAGAAGUACCAGCACAGAGUCACACAUGCAAACUGUUUCAAAGAAUCCGCCAGCGAGUCUGCACUAAAAUAGCGCGACGUGCUGGGCACUCUGAGCAGCAGCAGAAGGUACACGACAGACGUCCAGAGCCAUCCCUUUUUAACGAAAAGGACGUUGAAGAUGUUUUUUUUCGAGGUGAAGUAAUUGUGCGUCGUUUCCUGAGGCGAAGCAAGCCAGACCAAUUGGCCAACAAGAAUCACUAUCGGGUACAGCAAAGCGAUUAGGACCUGAAACUUGGUCAAUUUUGUUGCGUUGGCCACAACGCCCAUCUUGGCGUCCAACAUUUGCAGAUGUCGUGCGACAGGGUGGUUUUGGCGGACGGGCUGGGACAUAAAAGGGC